AUGGGCACCAGUGAACACGAUUUUGCCAAUGAGAGGCGCAUCUUGUUGGAGAAUAUCGGACCAGAACUUCAUUCAAUCUUUGAAGAUCAUAAAAUUGAAGUUGAAUUGGUUGAUAUGCAUUUUGGGUCUGAUGAAAAAGAAAAGUAUGAUCCAUGGAUAUUACAGGAUCAUUUACACGAAAUAAGAAACUGUCACAAAAUAUCAAAAGGAUGCUUUUUCGUGUGCUUGGUAGGGGACAAAUACGAUCCUUUAAUAAUACCACAUAAACUUGACAAAGAUAUAUUUUUGUCUUUGAUAAAUAUUGCGAAAGAUUUGGGAGAGGACCAUGAGAUAUUAGAGAAAUUAUAUUCUAAAGUCAACGAAGAAUAUAUUUUGGAGGAGAACAGGGACAUCUGUUUUGAAGAUUGGAAAGUUCAAUCAGCGGAAAUAUUACAUUUAAUCCAGGCUUGUCGACAAAAAAUGCCCGACACUUCCAAGAAAAAAGUCAGUCAACUGUUGCAAUCUGUUGUAGAACAACAAUAUCAUUAUGCUUUGGGUCUUGCGCCUGGAACAGCCCAUCAUGUAAUAGGCGUUAUAAGAGAAUAUGAAGUUGACAAUAACAAAGAAUACACAAAUUUUUAUAAGGCUGAAAAACAAUUCUCCGAGGCUAUAAGAUCCCACUGCGAAUCUCAACUUGAAGUAUUCCGUUUACAUAUGCGAAAUACUAUUCCGGAAGAAAACAGAUUGUGCUUUCACGUUCCUUGGGAAGGUGGAGAGCUGGAUAGUGAUAAUUCAAGUCAUCAAUCAUAUCUUAGUUCUUUUAAAAACAGUAUUUUCCAUAAAAUAAAAGCACUAAUUACUAAGAAUUUAGAGGAUGAGCCUGAACUUAAAUCUAGAAAGAAAAUCGUGGAGACAAGAAGUAUAUCUACAACACCCAGAUCAUCUUACAGUCUUGAAGUACUUCGAAUAAUAUGUCAACAAAUCUGCAUAGCUCUGAAACUACCCGAAGGGUUUUUACCAAAAGACGCUAGUUUUGAACCUUUAUACACUAAUAAUUGGUUUCAAUCACUUCUCAGAACUUUUGAAGAGCUUAAUUUUGUGCUGGGAAUAUUUUUAGAUGAUUUGCAUCUUAUAAAUCCGUUAGAUUCGGAUAUGUCAACGUUAAGUUGGCUUCCUAUUAGUUUACCAAGAAAUGUGCAUAUCGUUUGCACAUCCGGAAUACCUAUCGAUGAGAUGAGACUGACACCUGUGCAAAAAGACAAACUUAAACAACCGGAAUGUUAUUUAGAACUACAGUUAGCGGAAUCCUAUAAUGGUUUCGUCGAAGAAGUCCUUGACCGGCUAGAGAAAAUAUAUUGCAAGGAAGCCAUUUCCAGGCUGGCAUCACUUAUAACUUGUUCGGAAUACGGAUUGACCGAAACCGAAAUACUGGAAGUUUUGAUGCCCACAUCGGACAGCGAAGCAAUAAUUUCCAUAAAGGAUGCCAACUUCAAUUUUUCAUCUUUAUGCUCUGUGAAACGGAAAUUAGCUCCAUUAUUAUCUGAGAUUAAGGAGACACCAUUUCAAUCAACUUUGCACAAGGAUGUCACAUAUAGAUUAAGGCACAUUGAAGAGUCAUGGAUACAUUUGUUAAAAAGUGGAGAUAUUGUUAAGUUAAAAAAAUUGUGUAUGUGCAAUUAUGAUUUCAUGUUGGCUGCGUUGAUAUCUUGGUUAAGACCAGUAACAGAACGUGGAGGGGGCCUAAUGAGUGACCUAGUCACAUCUGCAAUGGCUUGGUGUGAUGGUUUUACAUUACCCUUAGUGGUUCCGUUAACUGAUUGGUUGCAGCCCCCUCUCCCAAGCCAAUCAAAAGUUAUGGCUGCUCCAGAAGUGAGACUGAUAGAAUGUACACCAAAUGGGCAACAUGUUGUUGUAGUUGUUGGUAUGGAUCCACAAUUAUGGCAUAUUAUGACUAAUCAGUUGGUGCACACUUUUAAGGGGCACACCGAUAAAGUGAACUGCAUGGCGGUAACAAAGCAGAGCCAAUAUUUGCUGACAGGGUCCGAUGAUAUCAGCAUUAUAGUCUGGGAUCUAAAAGCGUUAUGCUUGAAAUUAAAAAUUACUGAACACAUUGCCCCGGUCCUAUGUAUCACGAGUGCUCUUAACAACUCCGUUAUUAUAACUGGUGGAGAAGACAGUAGUAUUAUUAUAAGCUCCCUUGCGACGGGGAAGGUUGUUACCAAAAUUGAUCGCCACCGUGGACCUGUUACCGCUAUUAAGGUGACAUCGCAUGGUGAUAUUAUGGUAUCUGGUAGUAGAGACGGAAAAGUAUACCUUUGGUCCCUCAACAACUACAAUCUGUUGAAUACAAUAACAAUCAAUGCACCGGUACAAUUGUUAGAUGUCUCAACGGAUUCCAUUUGGCUAGUGGCGUGUUGUAAGGAUAAUAAAGUACAUAUUAAAACUGUUGCUACGGGUACUGACGUCCAUACUAUCGUUUUAGGAGAAUAUAAAGCAAAGCGUCACUCAGCUUCAAUAACAGCAGUAUUUGUACUAAUGGAUUCGAGCAGAAUAAUAUCCAGUGACAUAAAUGAUACAAUAUACAUCUGGCACGCGGAUAACGGCACAGUUUUGCAAUCCUAUUCUGGACCGAGCGAAAGUGUCAAGACCACCACCAAUAUGAAGUAUGCUGUAGCAACUAAUGGCGACACUACCCUAAAAAUAUGGUCAUUGGUAAAGGACGACGAAAGAUAUGCGAUAUCACAUUCUGAAGAAAUAACUUGUUUUGUGUUGACAACUGAUUCCCAACAUAUCAUAACUGGUUCCAAAGACAUGUCUUUGAAAGUUUGGCAAGUCGCAGGAGGAAAGUUAUCUCAGGUUUUAAUUGGCCAUACGGACACAGUAACAUGUGUAGCAGUAGGAGUAUCUGACAAAACUCAUGUUGUAUCUGGUAGUUGUGACAACAAUUUGAUUGUAUGGGAUAUUAAUACAGGAGCUGAUUUAUAUACGUUAUCGGUACAUUUGAGUUUUGUUAGCUGUUGUAAGAUGAGUGGCGAUGGUACUAUUGCUAUUUCUGGUUCAGACGACAAAAGUAUAAUAAUCUGGGACACAAAGCAAGGUUUGCAAUUGACGUCUCUACAGUUGCAUUACCCAAUAGUUGGUGUGGAGCCUACUUCCGACUUUUCCAGGAUUGCAGUUCUCCUUAAAGAUACUCAAUACAGUCCUAUCAUUUGCCUGCACAAUACUCCAGCUAAGUAUGUCAAAUUGCCGACGUACUGUGCUCCCGAUAAGGAUAUAACUGAGAACCCAAAACCGGCACCAAAACGACAAAUGAAAAGACUGCUCAAAAAGGAGGUGUCUCUGGACACCUAUACCUGGCAAAAGAAAUAUGCCCAUCUGACUUCGAAUUUAGUGAUUCCUUCUAUUGACGAAAGAUUUAAACGGCGAUUUUCUGUGUCAGCUAGCAUGGAAGAAAUAUCAAAAAUACCACAAAAUGAUCAAAAGGGAAUGGGCUCGAAACAAGCUUCCUUGGCACAAUCUCAACACUUUGAUCAGUUGGAGGCGCUUUGGAACAAGAGAUCACCUCCUAAUCGAAGAAAACUACAUCAGUCAUUGUCAAAACAGUCAUCGCUGGCUGAAUCACAGAUCUACUCCUCAGAGGAAGAACAUUUAGAUGCAGGACAAUCGUAA